GACCGUCUGUCAUAAGAUUUGUCUAGUACGUGAUUCACUGAAUAAAUCAGACGCUCUGGUCAGAGGUUCGUCUGAUUGGAUUCGAAAAAUGAGAAGGACUAAUGUGUAUCAGUCUUCAGAGCUCGUUGCUAAGGAGACAAGCUUGAAAUCAAAUACCGAAACAAGGUGCACGUUUUUCCAACUUGAAGGUUUCACCAUACCUGACCAAAUCCUCGCCUUUCUUCGUCGAUCACGUCUCAGUGCCUUGAACUCCGGAUAUGAAGCAGAAGGUUGGCACUUGAAGCCGUCUGCUCAAUGGGAAUCCUCUUUGCAGUAGCACUCGCGGCGGAGUGCACAUUUUGUUAGAAUAAGUUAGAUUCGAAAGUUACUCUUAGAGUGCUAAUAUUACACAAAACUUGA